AUGUCGGCUUCACAGAUCCCCAAUCUCAACACCUUGCGUCGCGGCGGCGGUCGUCUUCGCGGUCGCGGUCGCGGCGGCGGCGAGUCAGGUUCUGAUGCUCCCUCUCGACGAGGAGGCUCCAGCACCAAAGACCGAGUGGUACAAGGCACGGACAAUGACGCCAGCGUCUCUCGCCUCAGUGCCGUGAACCUAGGCUAUCUCGACGACCCAUUUGCAUCAGCCUUGACACCUCCAGGCCAAGAGACCCGACGCCUGCCCAUCAUCAAUCGAGGCACCUACGUCCGCACCACAACAAUCGACCACCUCCUCACGCAAUUCCUCCACCCUUCCACAACCCCCAAUCAACCAGAUACCCCCCAACAAACUCCCACAACACCAACAAAGACCACCAUCCCCACCCUUCCCCGACCAAAGCCCAAACAAAUCAUCUCCCUCGGCGCCGGCUCCGACACCCGCAUCUUCCGCCUCCUCGCCCAGACCCAAACCCACCCCGAACAAACAAUAAUCUACCACGAACUCGACUUCCCCAGCAACACAGCAUCCAAAAUCCGGGCCAUCCGCGCCGCCCCCCACCUACAGCGCGCGUUAGGCGACUCGCAAACCGUCACCAUCUCCCCCGCCGCCGACGCCCUGCAUACCCCGCACUACCACCUCCACCCGAUCGAUCUCCGCCAGCUGGCUGCUUUAGCAUCAUCGUCGCCUUUGGGGAAGGGGGACCUAGGGAAUGAGGGGGCGGACCUUCAAACCCUCCUCCCAGGCCUCGAUCCGACUCUGCCGACGGUGUUGAUUUCCGAAUGCUGCCUGAUUUAUUUGGAGCCCGAGGAGGCGCGACGGGUGGUCGAGUUCUUUGUCAGAAUUUUUGAUGCUCCCGCCGGUGAAGGGAAAGCUGGAGCUGAGGCUGGAGCUGAGGCUAGAGCUGAGGCUGGGGCAGCUGCAGCAGUUACAGGAGUGAACGCAACCCCGCCACUAGGCAUCAUCCUCUACGAACCGAUCCGGCCGGACGACGCGUUCGGGCGCACGAUGGUGGCCAACCUGGCGACGCGGGGCAUCCAGCUGCAGACGCUGCACCGGUACGCGAGCCUGGCGGCGCAGCGGGCGCGGCUGCGGGCGCACGGGUUCGUGGACGGGCAGGCGGCGGCGGAUGUGGAUUUCCUGUGGGAGCGGUGGGUGGCGGAGGGGGAGAAGGAGCGCGUGGCCGGGUUGGAGAUGUUGGACGAGAUGGAGGAGUGGCGGUUGUUGGCGCGGCAUUAUUGCGUGGCGUGGGGGUGGAGGGAGGGUGUAGGUCGGAAAGUGUUUGAGGGGUGGAGGGGGUUGGAGGGGCAGCAGGGCGAGGAUUAA